ACAAGAUUGUCAAAUUGUCAAUCGUGCGGAUUCGUGCGUGAAUGUGGAGUGUUUUGUGUUGUGAGUGAAUGGUGCUUGUGGGUCGUGGAAAUUUAUUGCCUAUUGCUGCUGUUAUGUGGAUAUGUGUACGUAACGUGAGAUAGCUGUGCUGUGAUAGUAGCGGUCUAACUGUGGAAUGGUGCCGGUGUGUCGGCGGUUGGGUUUUAAUUUGAGCGGCUGAGGAGUUAACACAAGAUGGGGAAGCUACUAUCGAAGAUCUUCGGCAACAAGGAGAUGAGGAUACUCAUGCUGGGCCUCGACGCAGCUGGAAAGACUACUAUUUUAUAUAAACUAAAAUUAGGUCAGUCAGUCACAACGAUACCGACGGUGGGUUUCAACGUCGAAACGGUCACGUAUAAGAACGUCAAAUUCAACGUGUGGGACGUCGGGGGGCAGGACAAGAUUCGUCCGCUGUGGAGGCAUUACUAUACAGGCACUCAGGGUCUAAUAUUCGUAGUGGACUGCGCGGACCGCGACCGCAUCGACGAGGCGCGCCAGGAGCUGCACCGGAUCAUCAACGACCGCGAGAUGCGGGACGCCAUCAUACUCAUCUUCGCCAACAAGCAAGACUUGCCAGACGCAAUGAAGCCCCACGAGAUCCAAGAGAAGCUCGGGCUGACGCGCAUCCGCGACCGCAACUGGUACGUGCAGCCGUCGUGCGCCACCACCGGCGACGGGCUGUACGAGGGGCUCACGUGGCUCACCAGCAACCACAAGUUAUGAGCGCAGGAGUAGGCGGCCGAGCCACGCGAGGCUGCCACGAUGAGGAUUUCGAUGCCAUUUAAUUUAAGUAUGCUGCCCGUGCCGUCGAAUCUUGUAACUUCUCAAACCAGUGUCCAACGGGCCCCGUGCGUGAACACUCAGUGUGGUGCGACAAGACUGUCCCAAACAGCAAGGACUAUUCAAUUAUUAGAUAUACAGAUGUGCGUCGGAAAGUUUUCAAAGGUUUCCUAAGUUUUUGAGGAAAAUUUCAGAAUAUAUAAGUACCUAUUGAAAAAAAGUUGUCAAUAACAAUGCAAUUUUGAUGUUCCAAUUUUUAAAUUUACAAUACAAUGAAAUGGCAGGCAUUUUUAUAGACCUUCGCGUAUCUGAAGAUGUUUGGUUUUAAAGACAAUGUGAAAAUUUUGGAGUUUUGAAAAUUUUCCGAUGGAACAUCAGUGAUUAGAUAGUUUGUGAACUUUCACAAAAAAUGAGAAAUCAAUUAUUCCAUUAUUUAAUUAAAUUAGAGGUUUGUUGUAUCGAUUGAUUUAUUUUUUUGUAUGUUUAUUUAAAUUACUUAGAGUAAAGAUUUUUUUAUUAAUUUAAUGUACCUCCAAUUUUGUAUGAUAGUAUGGUAGAAAUUCGAAGUUUUUAAUGCAUAGUAACCAAAUGAAUGUGGGUAGGUGAGCAAUAUGUGUAUUACUUAAGUAAUGCUACCACGCUGUGCAAGACGCUCUGAAUGUUUUUGUAUCUUGACUGUUGUCCUUUACAGUAUUACAUUAUUUUUUUCCUGUUAUCUGAUGAACUAAAUGAUCAAUCUUUAAACAUUACUUUUCCGUUAGUCGCUUAUAUGUAAAACUAGCUUUUUCCCGCGGCGUCGCUCGCAUUAGAAAAAGACAAAAAGUAGCCUAUGUCACUCUCCAUCUCUUCGACUAUUUCCACUUACAAAAUCACGUCAAUUCGUCGCUCCGUUUUGUCGUGAAAGACGGACAAACAAACAGACACACACACUUUCCCAUUUAUAAUAUUAGUAUGGGUUUAAGAUUCGAAGACCCUUCAUUAUGAGAUAACUCCGGCAGCCAAAAGUUGAUGUGGGACUAUUUGAUAAUUAUUUAUCACUAAACAUCUUCUUCAUCUGUUACCACGUUAAUUACUGCAUCAGGUCGAUUCGACCCGACACGUACAACCAAUUAUAUGUAUUGGGCCGAAUCGACCUGGUGCCGAAGGGAACAUGUUAAUCUUUAUUAUGAUUUGAUAUUUUCUUACACUUUAGAGUGGCAUUGAACCUUGAAUUUCAGCUGAAUAAUUGUAGGAAUCCAUAAUUAUGUGAACACAAUGCAAUGCUUCUUAGAUUAUCUCACUGUAGUUAAUAAUUUAACUAAUACUCGGUGCCUAGUAUUAAAAACAUUGUAGAAUUAUUAUUUGGAAUGAAUAUUUUUAACUGUAACUUUACUGAUACUCUUUUUAAACUUUAUUUUGGAGCAUCCGAAAUUCUAGUAUGUAAUUAUAAUAAAUGUAUAAUUGUAUAUUGCCCUAUUUAAUGUUAACCCAAAACAGUCAAGGUAUAAACACAAAAUUGUUGUAAAUCAAUGUACAUAUUGAUGUUUUACACAAUGUAUGUACAUAACGAAUAUUAUUCUUAUCAUCUUAUAAUUUCAUGUUGAUGUAUUUUGUAUAAAAAGUAACCAGGAUAAACAGGCCCAUUUGAACGACCACUUGACAUAAAACUGAUGUACAGACAAUUACAAGAAACUCCACCUUAUAGAAAAACGCAGUCAAAAAACUCUAGAUCCUACUCAUACUUUUGUGUUACUGCUGGAGAGUACGCUAGCCACAGCUCAACGCGCAUGGGUCGGCAACGCGCAAGUCACACCUCUCGGAGUUGCAGGUUUCUAUAGGCUAUAGUCACUGCUUACCAUGAGACAGGCCGUAUGAUAGUGUGACAAUGACAUAGUGUAAAAAAAAUUUUUUUGUAAAAAAAUUUUUUUUGUAAAAAAAAACCGGCACUGGACAGAUUUCAAUCAAACAUGGCGAAGAACACUCCCUGGAGUGUUCUUCGUUAGUCGACUAACUCAGCUUUUAAACAAAA